GUUUGAACUUCUGAUUCUUUACAAUGAUUUCAAGAGCACGGACAGCAUCAGGACGAAAUCUUCCUUGUCAUGGCUCUCUCUCUCUCUCUCCCGGAAAAUCCACAUAUGCACGAAGAGGCCAAGGCACGCGCCACAAUCAUUUUUCAACAUAUUGAAUCGUAUCUUCACGGACGAAUUGGUGUGACCCAAUCAGCACAAGAUAUUCUGACUGCCUUUUAUCAAGAUGUUGAAAGCUUUACAUCACGCGAGCAUCCGGGAGGCUCUGUGGAAGGUCAUUUAUCAGUCUUGUGGAUGACCAUUCUGGCAGUUGCCAUUCAGCUGCCCACUGUCGAGCAGGGUCACCAGAACCAGCAGAGUCAUUCACACAUGCAGCGUUUGGUUGAGCUCUUACUAGUCAUCAAAUCUCAUCAAUUGCCCACAAAUAUCUCCCCCGCGGCAAUGAAGAUUUUGCGCGACUUCGAAAGCCAGUGGGGCCAGUGUUUCUGGGUUGAUCUUCCGGUGUUUGGGAUGAUGGUCCAUGACACCCAGGAAUGCGACCCGGCAUUGGCAGACGUUAUGGUAGAAAUUCAAGGGCACUUGGUACCAGUCAACCAGGGAGCUAAUUUAUACUCCCUUAGCGAAUGGGCUAGCCUUAAGAAGUUCUUACGAUUAUGCAAGGACAUGGGAGUCAUGGAUCUACUUCUGUAGUCCAGGAGGCAAAUUAUCACGGCCAGUGGGCUGUUAGAGAUGAAAUACAAUAUGCUUACAGAUAUUUCCAUGUACCGAUAGUAAUUUAGACUGCCUCCCAGAACAUUUCUUUACUGCAAAUGAGUAACAUCAACUUGAUCCAUGACUAACCGGAAGCAUGAUCAGUGAAAGUGAGUGCAGCUGCAAAUACCAGACAUUCUGCACAGUGCCACUCCACAAUACGCU